AUGGUUUCCCACGGCCGGGCCGCACUGACAGCCCCUCAAGAACGAACAACGGAUACCCCGUCUAGCACUUCCACCCCCUCAGAAACAAACACCCCCUCGGCAACGAUUAUCCCCUCUGGCACCGGCACCCCCUCUAGCACUUCGACCCCUUCGGGCACUUCGACCCCCUCGGGCACGAACACCCCUUCAGGAACCAACACCCCCUCAGGCACUUCCACCCCCUCGGGAACCAGCGCUCCCUCCGGCACAACCGCCCCCCCCGCCAAGACCACAGCCCCCCCGGUCAAGACCACGGCCCCCACCCCCCAGACCACCAAGAACGGCCCCAUCGGGAGCCCCCCCGACUUCGGCUCCCCCGCCGGCGAGCCCACCAACUCAACCCUCGCGCCGGUCCCUACCAAAACCCUGACCGGCACCCACACCCCGACCGCGACCCCCAAGGCAACUACGGUACCGAGCGCAACCACCAAGCCUGGUUCCAACACCCCGGGAUCUGCCACCCCCGCUCCCAGCGCCACUAACUCCCCAAUAGCGACCCCCGUUUCGACCACCCCCGGCGCAACCCCGGUCACAGUCCCGACCGUUACGAUGGCCACCAGGCCCCCGGUUCAGACCCCCGGGCCGACGACUCCGUGCGCCAACGUCGCCCCUGGUGCCACCCCCGUCCCGACCACUCCCGGCGGUACACCGGUCACGGCUCCCACCGUCACAAUGGCAACGAAUCCCCCGGUUCAGACCCCUGGCCGGCCCAACACCCCGACCGGAACGAACACCCGACCGGAACGAACACCCCGAGCGGAACUAACACCCCCACCACCCCCGGUGCUCCUCAGCCGGCGCCCACCCCCCAGGCGGCUUUCCACGGAACGCCCAGCGGAAACGGGUCGACCCCGGGGACCCACGUGCCGCCGAGCGACGGACGCCCCGAGCCCUGCACCUCACUUCGUCGGCAAGCACGGCGAGAAGUUCGAUUUCAACGGCGAGCCCGGCCAGUCGUACUGCCUGAUCGCCGACAAGAAGAUCCACAUCAACAUGCACGUCUUCGGCGGCAGGAGAGAGGGCACCACGUACAUCGACGAAGUCGGCAUCCUGUACAAGGACACCGAAAUCUACGUCGCUGCCAAGUCCGCUGAGGGAACCAAGUGGCGCGACUUCCAGGGCGAUGUUUCCGUCAACGGAAUUGAGCUCCCCGCUUCCGAUGUCGACAUGACCGUCGAGAAUGUCGCCAUCUCCCGCAACAGGACGUCGGUGCGCGUGACCGCCCCCGGCUGGUUCGACAUCACGAUGGACAUCACGCGCGCGAGCUUCUGGCAGAACGGCCCCGGAGCAAACUUCCUUCGAGAUCCAAAAUCCCGUGACAGAGUCCUGAAAGAGACUCUCGAUUCCUGGAACCCUCAAAUAAUCACUCACCCGCUCUUCUUUUACCCCCCCGCAGGUCAACUUCAAGGUCUCCCAGCUGCGCGUGACCCCCACCGUGCACGGGGUGCUCGGACAGACCUACCGCGAGAGCGACGCACGUACAAGAAGAUGGCGCGCGCCGAGGUGUCAGCCGUGUCCGGCAACGGCCUCCCGGCAUUCAUGGACGGGUCCGAGGAGGACUACGAAACGAGCGGGAUCAUGAAGCGCGGACUGCAAGUUCGGCAAGUUCCAGAUGGUCAGCCAGGUGGAGAAGAAGACCAACAGUUCGGGGGGGAGGAGACUGCUGGCGGCCGAGGGGGAGGAUAA